AUGGGUUACCCAGGACGAACAUAUAAAGAAAAAUACGGAAAGCGUGACGAUUCAAUUUCUCAACCACCACCUCAACCACAACAGAAAUAUUCGCAAUAUCCACCUGACAAUGGUGGAUAUGGUAGUUAUCAAAGUCCACCACCUUCCCAAGGAAUUUACCCACCUUCAUUCGGACCACCACCUUCCCAAGGAGUUUACCCACCGCCAUUAGGACCACCACCUUCUCAAGGAGUUUACCCACCGCCAUUCGGACAACCACCUUCGCAAGGAGGUUACCCACCUUCAUUCGGACAACCACCUUCCCAAGGUUUUUACCCACCUCCAUUAGGACCACCACCUUCACAAGGAGGUUACCCACCUUCAUUCGGACCACCACCUACGCAAGGAGGUUAUCCACCGCCAUUAGGACCACCACCUACGCAAGGAGUUUAUCCACCUUCAUUUGGACCACCACCUACGCAAGGAGGUUAUCCACCUCCAUUAGGACCAUCAACUUCACAAGGAGUUUAUCCCACAUCUUCAAGGCCACCACCUCCACAAGCUGAUCAAGCAUCACAUCCGCCAAGAAAAGAUAGUUAUGCGCCGCCUCCAUAUCCUCCACCUCCAACGCAAAGUAACUAUGCUCCACCCCCAUUUCCUCCAACACAAGGACCUCCUCCUCUCGUUGAAAAACCUCCAGGAAAGCAACAAAAUCAACCUCCUCCAACGUAUUCUUCACCACCUCCAAAUACGAUUGAGAAACGUCCUAGUGCCGGAUAUACACCUCCGCCAGGUUAUAAAUUAUAUCAAAAUACUAAUGUCAAACCUUCUUCAAAUGUUCAAUUAUCGAAUUGCACAGGUCGUAAGAGAGCUUUAUUAAUUGGAAUCAAUUAUACUGGUUCACAAUUUGAAUUAAAAGGAUGUGUAAAUGAUGUAGCUAAUAUAAAGAAGUUCUUAAUUGAUUUGUAUGGAUUUCGAGAAACUGAUAUGGUCAUUUUGACGGACGAUCAAAAAGAUAAAAAAAAAAUUCCCAAUAAGGAAAAUAUUUUACAAGCAAUGAAAUGGUUGGUUCAUGAUGCACAACCAAAUGAUUCAUUCUUUUUCCAUUUCAGUGGUCAUGGAGGCCAAGAGGAGGAUAAAAAUGGAGAUGAGGAUGACGGUUAUGAUGAGACCAUUAUGCCGUUGGAUUUUGUAAAGAAAGGACAGAUCGUUGAUGAUGUCAUGCAUGAUAUCAUGGUAAAACCGCUUCCACCUGGUGUAAGGUUGACGGCCAUAUUUGAUUCUUGUCAUUCCGGUACAGCGCUUGACUUGCCUUAUAUAUAUUCAACACAAGGAAAAGUGAAGGAGCCAAAUAUUUUAUCGGAAGGGGGUAAUGCUAUUUUAAGCGCUGGUAAGUCAUAUAUGAGGGGAGAUAUUAGUGGUAUAAAAUCUAGUUUGAUGUCAUUUGGUAAGAAGGCAACGUCAGGAAAGAGUAUUGCCGAAAAAAAUAGACAAAAUAAAUCAAGUCUCGCUGAUGUGAUUAUGUUAAGUGGGUGUAAAGAUGCUCAGACAUCUGCAGAUACAAAUGAAGCUGGGGUGAACACUGGAGCCAUGUCUUACGCUUUAAUCAAAACAAUGAGAGAAAACAAGAAUAUUUCGUAUCAACAGAUGUUAAAUUCGGUUAGAGACAUCCUUGCAUCGAAAUACUCUCAGAAACCACAAUUAAGCGCAUCACAUGAAAUGGAUAUGAAUUUGAUGUUUUUAAUAUAG